CAAAGUUCAGUGUUUUCAGAUUCAGGUUUUCUGAUUGCCGAUUAAUUGCCGUUAAGGAAACCCGUAACGGGCUGAUUUCACAAUGCUUCUUCGUCCGUGUGGAAGACUUAUCUUUACCAGGUUUUGCAGCAGCAUGAAGGUGAAAGUGCCAGUAAAACAAGGCGUUUUGGUGGGCCGGCAGAAGAAGCUGGUCAAUGGAUUGGAGUACAACAGUUUUCUGGGUGUUCCCUACGCGGAACCACCAGUGGGAGAGCUUCGCUUCCGCAGCCCGCGGCCAUUGGAGCGCUUUCAAGAGCAGGAGCUGGACUGCUGCAAGGAGGGCAACGUGUCUUACCAGCGAGAUCCGUUUACUUUGGAGGUGGCCGGCUCCGAGAACUGCCUCUUCCUUAAUGUAUAUGCACCUAAAGUCAAAAGUACGGGGACUCCUUUACCCGUCAUGGUCUGGAUUCAUGGUGGAGGCUUCUUCUUCGGCAACGGCAACAGUGACUACCACUUUCCCGCCAAGCUCAUGGAGCAGGAUGUCAUUGUUGUCACCCUGAAUUACCGACUUGGAGCGUUUGGUUUCCUUAGCCUGCCUGAGGAGGGAAUACACGGCAACAUGGGACUUAAGGAUCAACGUCUGGCCCUCGAAUGGGUGCAGGAGAACAUAUCCAGCUUCAAUGGCGAUCCAAAUAACGUAACCCUCUUCGGUGAGAGUGCGGGUGGUUCUUCCGUACAUCUGCACACUUUUGCCCGGCAUGCCAACCGACUAUUCCACAAGGCUAUCAUGCAGAGUGGAACAGCCAACCUGGAGUGGGUUUUCCAGAACGAGGCACCUGCCAAGACCCGACGUCUAGCCGAAAUUCUGGGUGGUGGUGAUUUUGGCGGCGACACCAAAGCACUUUUGACCUUCCUGCAGUCAGAGAAGGCAACACCCACUGCCAUUGUGGCUAACACAUUGAAGGUCUUAAGUCCCGAUGAACGACGACGUCACCUGCCCUUUGCCUUCAAGCCAGUAGUGGAGGACAGCAGCAGUCCGGAUAGCUUUCUUGAGCAGGACAUCAUGGAGCUGAUGCACAAAAAGGACUGCCUCGGCAGCAUGCCAGUGAUCAUGGGUUACAACUCCGCCGAGGGCUUGGCCAUGGUGGUGAAGGCGAAGCAAAAACUGGAGGCCUACGAAGAUGACUUGGCCAGGUUAGUUCCCCGCAAUCUGGUGCUAGAUCCACAGGCUCCAGAGGCGCAGGAAGCUGCUUCCGACAUACGAGCCUUCUUCUUCAACGGGCAAGCGCUGUCCAAAGAGAACAUGGAUAACCUUGUGGACCUGUUCUCCGACUAUCACUUCAUCAUGGAUCUGCAGCGCGCAGUGGAGAUUCACGCUAGCUGCCAAACGCAGUCUCCUCUGUACUUCUAUCGCUUGGACUAUGUGGGCGGUCGUAAUCUGUACAAGAAGAUCUUUCAGAACGAAGACCUGCGUGGAGUGGCUCAUGCCGAUGAUAUUUGCUACUUGUUCCAGAUGGCGGGUGACGAGAGCGAGAUGAAUAAGGAUGACUUGAUGGUCACGGAACGGCUAUGUGAAAUGUGGGCGAACUUCGCGCGCGAUGGAAAACCUUCGCGCAUUUGGAAGCCAGUCAAGAAGCCAAAGGAUGGCGAGCCCAUCAAGCUGGACUGCCUUUUAAUCGAUCGGGAGCUGAAGAUGUGCAGCAAUCCGGAUGGCGAGAGAAGGGACUUUUGGAGGAGCAUGUACCGGAGAUACAGGAGCGAAAGCUUCGAAGCUGUGAGAGCUAAACUUUAACUCAUUAUUACUAAGAUAAACUAAAUAAAGCAAUACUUCCUCGGUUUUCCCCAGAACUUUAA